AUGCCGCCCGGCAAGCAAGGCUGCUUUGUAUGCCAUGCAAAAUCUUACAGAGACGUGAUGCAUAUAGUCGCAGCAGGUGGGGAUCUUGGGCCCAGAGCUGAUGUCCAAAGCAGCAGCGUAGGACACCUUAAUGGCACGUCAGUCAGGAGAGCUCCCUACGAUGACCUGGUGGAAGAGCUACUACCUACUUUGAGGGCCGAGGAGGAAAUUCCGUCUCUCCCUCCUCAGGAGGCGGCGACCGGAUACGUCCCGUAUGCGUAUUCCCCCGUCAUUCCCUUUAGGGAGACAGAUCUAGCUGAACAAGCUUUGCUGGAUGGACAGGCGGGGGAACAUUCAAAAGAAAUGACAAAGGAAGACGCCCCGUUUUUCACCAGAGUGGUGUCCCUGCUGGAAGGGGAUGGCGGAAGGGCCCACAGCAGCUCAGUCCAUACUGAUGAGCUCCCCACCUCCACACUCUUGUCCACAUGUGCACGCCAAGCAAAGCUCCCCGAGCGAUUCCCGAAGAGUUCCAUCGGGGUCCCGACACUCUCUGUGUGUAUCCACCUAGAUUCCCUGGCUAGCGUGGAUGAUGACCUUGACGUGGACAGCAGAGAGGGAGAGGCCCCAUUGUUCACCAAGGUGGUGGCCCUGCUGGAAAGGGAGAGUGUUCUUACAGACCUACUGGUAGAGAGCAUCGAGGACUACUCCACCAGUGACGAUGAAGUCUCUUCAGCAUCCUCGCUGCUCUCUGACCCGGAGAAGGAUUCCACGGAAGACAACAAUUCCGACGAAAGGAGCCACCCUGCGCCUCUCUCGAGAAGCUUCCCUUCGGUGGACAUGGUGCAAACGACAAGGGAAGCAGAAGAAGAGGAGGACUCGGGAACGGGCUGCGCCACAGGACAGUGUGCCCACCACCCCGAGGCACCAGAGGCUCCUGGGGUGCUCCGACAAAGGGAGCCAGGAGGGCCCUGGGGCCCCCCUUGCGGCUCCGAUUUGGGCCCGGAGGAGGAUUCGGCAUGAGCACACAAGGAAACACGCCUGCAGGGACGGCUCUCUUACGCCUGACCUCCGAAGGCCAAAGAGAAGACUUCAGGGCAGCCCACCCGAGGACGGCACUGGAGCCCCGAGGACGAGACGAGAGGACCCUCUGAGUCGGCCGCCAAACCCAGAGUUGGCUGCCCGGGCCCUGCCAAUGACGGACACUUGAAGCACGAGGCAACCACCUGGGCCCACAACAGUCCGUUGUGUGGGGAGACUGGGCCCACCUGGGACUGGGCCCACCUGGGACUGGGCGGGACAGCAGCCUUCCCGUCGUCUCCCCUGUCUGCUGCAGGGGCUGCUCCUCCUCCCACUUCCCCUGCAGUCAACGGCAACCCUGCAGAG